UACAGGCGCAUACUGAUGACGUAGAGAUAUGCUAUUUAUCCGCGACUCCUGUUUUUCGUGAAACACUUUUAGCCACAAACUCUGACCAUUUCAGCUGCCGACACGCUUUAACAAAAUGUCUUUUAGUGAAGAAGAAUCCGUGGAAGUUGGUUUUACUGGACAAUCAAAGUUGGAGAGCUUCUUGUUCAGUUGCGAGUUGUCAUCCAAAGUGCCUUUCUACACGUUCCAGGAGGACGAAGACGAAGACCUAGAGCAUUUGCUUGAACUCAGAACAAUCUGUCUCGGUGAAGGUGUUAAGGAGGAGAGCAAUGUGGUGGAGGUCACAGCCAUGAACCAUCAAGGAAAGACCAUCUCAGUUCCCAUUGCUAACCUCCACAUUAAGUGUCUGCCUAUGGUGAGUCUGGGAGAGUUUGAGCUGAGGGCCCCGGUGACCAUCCGGCUCAAGGCUGGAACAGGACCCGUUGUUGUCAGUGGGCUACACCUCAUUGCCUCUCAGGUGGAAGACUCCGAUAAUUCUGAAGAGGACGAGGAUGAGGACGACGACGAUGACAAAGAAGAGUUGCCUGCUAUUAAACCAGCAAAGAAGAAGCAGAGCCAUUAAAAGGCAGAAAGCUUCCUGGUGAAAGGUUUUGGAUUCACUAACUUGUUGAUGUUCCAGAAAUGUUUUUUUGUACCAGAUGGAUGCAUUUUUCCACACGUUCCACAGUAAACGUUCAGUGUAAGGCUCGGAUUACUUGCUCAUCACACGGUCUCUAUGUCUAUUUCAAUUGCUUUAAUAAAAACGGUCUUAUCCACUGUUUUGUAAAAUAUACAGUCUCUGUCAAGUUUUACUGGGGGCUUUUUCACCAUUAACUUAUCGUCAGAAAAAAAAUUCAAAUUGAGAUGGUUUUCUAUGCAAAUUCAUUAAACUUUUUGUUGAAAGUG